AUGUCUGACCCUAAACAAUUGAUAGCACAGGCAGAAAGCUUGCAGAAGCCUCAAUCUGGAUUCAUGCUGUUGUUCACCGGAUCCUCCAACUCAUAUAGAUUGGAGGAAGCCACAGACUUGUACGUGCAGGCUGCCAACAUGUAUCGUUUGAAGAAGGACUUUAACUCCGCCGGGAAGCUGUAUGUUAAGGCCAGUGAGAUUCAGGAUAAGUUGGGUAAUCAUAAUGAUGUAGCCAAUCAUUUGGUUGAGGCUUAUAAAUGUUUUAAAGGCGUUAGUCCUCAAGAUGGGAUCACCAGUUUGAAGAAGGCCGUGCACAUUUUUUUAACUCAGAAUGGACAGUUCCGUAGGGCUGCCAAUUUUAUGGGUGAUUUAGGUGAGUUAUAUGAGAGCGUAGGUGACACAGAGAAUGCCAUUAGCAGUUAUGAACAAGCUGGUGAUUAUUUCCAAACUGAUCGUGCUGAGGCUUUGAGUAACAAAGCGUAUUUAAAGAGUGCUGAUUUGUGUGCCUUGCAGGGAGAUUAUAAGAAGGCUGUGGAAUUAUAUGAUACUGUAAUUAAGCAACUGUUGGGUAAUAAUUUGACUCGAUUUAGUAUGAAGGAUUAUUUCUUUAAGGUUAUUUUGUGUGUGUUGGCAAUGGAUGAUAUUAUCGAGGCAAGAAAGAGAAAUGAUACCUUUUUAGGCGAUGAACCAACUUGGGAAUCUACUAGGGAAUAUAAAUUGGUUAAUGAAAUCCUUGAAUCCAUAGAUCAAGGUGAUAUAGAUGGGUUCCAAGAUAAAGUCUUCGAAUUUGAUCAAUUUUCAAAAUUGGAUAAAUUGAAGACUCAAUUACUUUUAAAGAUUAAAGAUACCGUUGAUAAAGAUGAUGAAGAUUUACUAUAA